UCAACAAUCUCAUCCACUUCUGUCACUUUGCCUGCACUUACAGUAAACAGUUUCUAUACUUCCAUUCACCCUUUUACUAACAUAACUUCUUCUUCGUCUUCUAUCUUUGCAUAUUCACCUAAACACACCAACCCCAUCUCUCAGUUUACGCAGGUGGCAUUCCAGAAACAAGAAUUCUCAUAGUUGGUGGGCAAUCAGUGGUUUUCUUUACCUUCAGUAGUACUAUUAAAGGGCAGUCUUGAAUAUUCAGAUAGAAUCCGUUGAACUACCAAAAAGUUUGAGCUAUUUCACAUCAAUUUUCUUACAAGUUCUGAAGCUGAUCAGCAGCCGAGACAUUGAAGAAUAUCCAGAAAGGCAUUUCAGGAACUGGCAUUGUUCUAUCUCUUUUCGUUCCGUAUGAACAAAAGAAGCAUCCCAAGAAUCGAUCUUUCUUUUCAUUCUUAUUUUUUCAUUUCGUGUGAAGAUAAAACCAAUAUAAUCUCUAUUCUUACUAAUUAUAGGAUGUCAGUGACUCUUUACACAUAAUCUUGCCCUUUUUCCACAACCUCACCAAUCAAUCAUUGUCUUCCCUAAACUAUAGAACAGUUUUACCAGAACAAGUGUAGAUACGGGAAAAGCAAUGGGUCAAUUUUCGUUUACUUCCCCUUCGAGCUCUAAUUUCACUCUCUUCUAUCAUACUCAGAACCACAAUCCUUCAAAGUUUCAUUUUUCUGUCCCCUUCAGAACAUCCCAACCAUCGUCUUCACAUCCUCUUUUACCUCCCUUUUGUUCCCACGAGUCAUCUUCCUCAUCACCACUUCUUGAAGAGAAUCCAGAAACAUCAAGAUCUUCUUCUAAGUUUGAUCGCCAAGAUAGACCCUACAAUGAUGAAGUUGCUGAUGAGAUCAGCACUACAAAGAAGUCCAUGGAAGAGUUACUUGUGGUUCGUAGGCCGGUGAAGGACCCUAACGGGGAAGUUGGUGAUGAAAAAGGGGAAGAGAUGCGUAACUUUGAGAAUUCUCAAGAGAGAAAUGAUCUCUUGGAAGAGCAAUCAUCUUCCUCGUCAUUUCCACUGGAUGAUGGACUUAGGAAAUUUGCAAAGAAGAUGCCAAUUUUUGAGCCAAACAGGCUGGAAUCAGGUUCUGGAGUGAAGCCACUUAAAGUCAAUUUAGACUUAGCUCUAUAUAGGGCAAAGAUUUUGGCUCGAAAGUAUCAGUACGCAGAUGCAGAGAAAAUUUUGCAACAGUGUAUCGAUGUCUGGCCAGAAGAUGGGAGACCAUAUGUUGCUUUGGGGAAGAUUUUGAGUAAGCAAUCAAAAUUAAAUGAAGCCAGAGCUGUUUAUGAAAAAGGAUGCCAGGCAACACAAGGAGAAAACCCUUACAUUUGGCAGUGCUGGGCUAUUCUGGAAAAUAGGAUGGGUAAUAUACGGAGAGCUAGAGAACUAUUCGAUGCUGCCACAGUUGCUGACAAGAAGCAUAUUGCAGCCUGGCAUGGAUGGGCAGUUUUAGAGCUGAAGCAAGGGAAUAUAAAAAAAGCAAGAAAUCUUCUUGGUAAAGGCCUCAAGUUUUGUGGAGGUAACGAGUAUGUAUACCAAACUCUUGCACUCCUUGAAGCUAAAGCAAAACGAUAUGAAAGAGCCCGCUAUUUGUUCAAACAGGCAACAAAGUGUAACCGAAAAAGUUGUGCUAGUUGGCUGGCAUGGGCUCAACUAGAGGCUCAGUUAGAGAAUAACCGUGCUGCUAGGCAGCUAUUCGAGAGAGCAGUUCAGGCCAGUCCAAAAAAUCGGUUUGCGUGGCAUGUGUGGGGAGUUUUUGAAGCUAAUCUUGAAAACAUUGACCAAGGAAGGAAACUUCUGACAAUAGGGCAUAUGGUAAAUCCUAGAGAUCCUGUUCUUCUCCAGUCACUUGCUUUGAUAGAAUACAAGCACUCCAGUGCAAACCUCGCGCGAGUUUUAUUCCGGAGGGCAUCUGAAAUGGAUCCAAGGCAUCAACCAGUUUGGAUUGCUUGGGGUUGGAUGGAGUGGAAAGAAGGAAACAUUUCCACUGCUAGGGAACUAUACCAGAGAGCUUUGUCGAUCAAUUCAACAACUGAAAGUGCUGCCCGCUGUCUUCAGGCUUGGGGUGUUUUAGAGCAAAGAGCCGGAAAUCUAUCAGCUGCUCGAAGAUUAUUUAGAUCUUCUCUGAACAUAAACUCUCAGAGCUAUAUAACAUGGAUGACAUGGGCAAAUUUGGAGGAAGAUCAAGGCAACUCCGUGCGUGCAGAGGAAAUUCGUAACCUGUACUUUCAGCAGCGUACUGAAGUUGUCGAUGAUGAGUCGUGGAUUAUGGGUUUCUUAGAUGUCAUUGAUCCGGCGAUUGAUAGCAUAAAGAGGCUCUUGAAUUUGGAUCAGAACUCAUAUUACAAGGUAAAGGAGUCUUCUAAUACUACUGCUGUAGACGACACUGAUGGGAACACAGAAGAAUCAACCGGCUCCUCCUCGACUAACAUCAGCCAAGAAGAAUCAACCGGCUCCUCCUCGGCUAACAUCAGCACAGAAGAAUCAGCCGGUUCCUCCUCGUCCUCGGCUAACAUCAGCACAGAAGAAUCAGGCGGUUCCUCCUCGGGUAACAUCAAGGACAAUAGCAUAGAUACAGGAAGCGGCUUUGAUUUAGAUGAUUUUAUCCGCGAAAUGCUGUCUUUGGACCCUUCAAAACUGGAAGUUCAGCUUACAACAUCUCUUAAGGACCCUCCAAAGACUAUCAGAACUGCUAGUGGGGUGUGGCGGCCGACGAGAAAAACUACCAGAACAUCAUAAAACCUUUGAUUUUAUUGUAGUUGUUCAAAUGUAGCUUCUUUUAUCUCAUAAUUGGAAUUGCUACAUUCAUUAGAGUGGUCUAAUGAAGAAGUCCUGGACCACAUUUGUAAAUUAGUCAGGAAAAUUGAGAAGAAUUGUAUAAUUUGAUCGAGAGAAAUGCAGUUCAAAUUACCUAGAAAUACAUCUACAGAUAAUAUGAGAAGCAUUGUAUAAUAUGUUCGUGAGGAAUGCAGUUCAUAUUACAAUAA